GCGAUCCAGUUGUGCACGUCCUGACUUCUCCAAAGUCUCCGGUGUUUUUGUUCCUUAUUUUUUUCGUUAAAAGAUUUUAUUGGGCGUAGUGCGCAUUUUUGUUGGGUCGUCCGCGUGAGUGUCGAACGUUAUGCACAGCUUACUUUCGUCGUGAAACUGUUUGAGAUCAGUUUUCUGGAAAUACAAAUCAGCUAGUUGGGUUCUGACGUGUUGUCUACCUGCACGAUUGGCUACGUUUAUGUUUACCUGUUAAACGAACUACAAACGGUCAAUGUAACACAGAAAACAUGUUUCGAUUUCAGUCGAGUUGGACAUCAAUUAACGCUUAGUUGUGCUUUUUUUUUCCUAUCAAACACCGGAACUAAAAAAUCCCUUCUGGUUUAAUAGAGGAAGCGCUGCUGAUGAGCUCCUCAAUUCAGCACGUUCACCGAUCAUUUCAAAACGAAAUUUGUGCGCGUGAAAGACCUGUGAGAUUGCAUUCUUCCCCCCUCGAUUUCAUUUUCGAUUAAAAAAUUGUUUCAAAGGUCAAAAAGCCAUUGGAGUCACGUUUGAUCGAUAUAUCUAGGUAUAUUAAUCAGCCAAAUGGAUUCGUCAACGGCAGCCAAUCAGCCCCUAAUCGAAGGCAGCAAUUUCGGUUCGGGCACAUACGACGACCGAUCAUUUCGCAGACACAAUUGUCAUUUCACUCCAUUCGUUCUCAACGAUCGCCAAGCUGCCGUUGUCGCCGCCGUUUACGCAAUAUGUGCGUCCUCAAUCACCUUCUUCGGCUAUUGUUUUUUGGCCGUCGCUACGUCUUAUCAAGCCAAACAUAUGGCCGACGUGUACUGGGGAGUACAAGCCUCAUACGCCGCCGUCAUGAUGGCGGAAUUAACGUCGCUAUGUCUUUCCACCACUCUGUUGAUCGCCAUUUAUCAGGAGAAUUGUUCGCUGAUGGUUCCGUGGGUGUUGGGCUUCAUAGGUUCCAUUUCCUUAGAAGCGCUAGCCAUAGUCUAUUCAAAUGUUCUUCGUGACCAUAUCAAUCAGGGUUUUGAUCAGUUGUGCCACUUUGAAGUAGGCGUCUUCCUAUCAAAGACUUUCGUCAACGUGAUCGUUAUUGGCGCUGUGGUACGCCUCUAUCGACAGCUAAAAGACGGUGUCACAUGGAGAGUCAACGACAUUUACGAAUUGUAACCGUGGUACCUACGAUGGCUUUCGGCUUCGACUUUGUACUCAUCGUUGGAUUGCCAUUUUCUAUUCUUGUACAUUUGCUGCAAUUUGAGUGCAAUGAAAAACGAUUUACGAUUCAAUCUCCUUGCUAUUUAUCCGACAAGUCUUUUGCUACGCGAUGCCCAGCUUUUCUGAUCAUUUCACGUAAUCGAACCA